AUGUCCAAAAGAAAAGCGCCCGCCGCCACCAGCCCGCCCACAAUCCAGGACACCUCCGCCCGCGCCCCCAAACGCCAAAAACCAUCUUCCUCCUCCUCCUCCUCAGCGCCGACCCCCUCCAUCUCGGCCCCAGAAUUCUCCCCCAUAACCCUCUGUACAAAAUGGACAACCCCCACCCUCCCCUCCCACCUCCCCCCCUUGCCCCCCAUCCUCUCCCCUACCCUCGAAACCGCAGCGCUCACCCACUCCGGGCAAAAAAAAUCCCCCUCCGACCUCUCCUACGAGCGCCUAGAAUGGAUAGGCGACGUCUACCUCGAGCUCAUCGCCUCGGAACUCAUCUUCGCCACCUUCCCCUCCAUCCCCGAAGGUGAAAUGUCCCGCCGUCGCGAGCUCCUCAUCCGCAACUCAACCCUCUCCGCCUUUUCGGUCCGGUACGGCCUUGACAAGAGAGCAAACUUCCCCAGCGAGUUCAAUCUGACAGGCAGACCGAACGGCAGCACGGCCCACGCCAAAAAGAAGGAGAAGGCCCUGGCGGAUAUUUUUGAGGCGUAUGUCGGGGGGGUGAUAAGGUCUGAUCUUGUCAAUGGGUACAAAAAUGCUGUGGUUUGGUUGAAGGCGUUGUGGGGACCGUUGUUGAAGGCGGAGAUCAAGGUUGAGGAGGGCGGGGGACGGAUGAUCGACAAGGAGCAGAAUCCGAAGGUGAGGCUGGAGCAGCUGAUCGGGGCCAGUUGUGUCAGGAUUGAGUACAAGGAUUUGCCUGGGACGGGGGAGAGGUUUGUGGAUAAGCAGCCGCAGUUUGGGAUUGGCGUGUAUUUCACGGGGUGGGGGGAGGAUAAUCUUUUGCUGGGGGAGGCGUGGGAUUUUGGCAAGAAGAGUGCCGGGCACAGGGCGGCGGAGAAGGCUUGUGGGCAUCCGAUGGUGGUGGGGAGGUUGGUGGAGAGGAAGAGGGCUUAUAUGGCCAAGAGGGCCAUUGAGAGGACGACGGAGGAGGAGGAGGGGAAGGAGGAGGAGGGGAAGGAGGAGGAGUGA